UGGGUGCGGGUGACCGUCCUCCCCGGCUGCGUGGGCUGCAGGACCGUGGCGGCGCCGGCGACCUGGACGGCGCGCGACCUGAAGCAGCGCAUCUCCGCCGAGACGGGCCUCCCGGAGUCGGAGCAGCGGCUGUGGCGCGGAGGCCGGGAGUUGCCUGAUUGGAUCAAGAUUGGAGAUCUGACUUCCGAUAAUUGUCAUCUUUUUGUAAACCUCCAAUCAAAAGGCUUAAAAGGGGGAGGUCGAUUUGGUCAAACCACUCCACCACUUGUUGAUUUUCUCAGGGACAUUUUGAGAAGAUACCCUGAAGGAGGACAGAUUCUUAAGGAAUUAAUUCAGAAUGCAGAAGAUGCUGGAGCCACAGAAGUUAAAUUUUUAUAUGAUGAAACUCAGUAUGGAACAGAGACUCUUUGGUCAAAAGAUAUGGCACCAUAUCAGGGGCCAGCGCUCUACGUGUACAACAACGCGGUUUUCACCCCAGAGGACUGGCACGGCAUCCAGGAAAUAGCGAGAAGCAGGAAAAAGGAUGACCCCUUGAAGGUCGGAAGAUUUGGAAUUGGCUUUAACUCUGUCUACCAUAUAACAGAUGUUCCUUGUAUCUUUAGUGGUGACCAGAUUGGGAUGUUAGAUCCUCAUCAGACGCUUUUUGGCCCACAUGAAUCAGGCCAGUGUUGGAAUCUCAAGGAUGACAGCAAGGAAAUCAGUGAGCUUCCGGAUCAGUUCGCACCAUUUGUUGGUAUUUUUGGAAGCACCAAGGAAACGUUUGUGAAGGGCAAUUUUCCAGGAACAUUCUUCCGCUUCCCCCUCCGCCUGCAGCCUUCGCAGCUCAGUGGCAACCUCUACAAUAAACAGAAGGUGCUCGAGCUGUUUGAAUCUUUCAGGGCAGAUGCAGACACCGUGCUGCUCUUUCUCAAGAGUGUACAGGGUGUGUCCUUGUACGUCCGAGAAGCUGACGGAACGGAGAAGCUUGUCUUUAGAGUGACUUCCAGUGAGAAUGAGGCCCUGAAACACGAGCGGCUGGACUCUGUGAAGGUCCUGGGAACUGCCAUUGGUGACUACUGUAAAAAGAUUCCAAGCAACAGCAUCACUUGUGUCACAUACCAUGUCAAUAUUGUCUUGGAAGACGCCAGCACCAAGGAUGUGCAGAAGACGUCCUGGCUGGUGUGCAACAGCGUGGGUGGGCGGGGCGUCAGCGCCCAGCUGGACACCUUGGCUGACGAGCUGAAGUUCGUCCCCAUCAUUGGGAUAGCCAUGGCGUUAUCAGGUUGCGAUGGUGACGCACAGGGGGCAACCUCUGACUUCUCAGGAAAAGCGUUCUGUUUUCUCCCUCUACCGCCCGGGGAGGAGAGCAGAACAGGCCUCCCGGUCCACAUCAGUGGCUUCUUUGGCCUCACGGAUAACCGCAGGAGCAUCAAGUGGCGGGAGCUGGACCAGUGGAGGGACCCGGCGGCCCUGUGGAAUGAGGUCCUGGUUGUGACGGUGGUCCCCAAAGCCUACGCGACCCUGGUCUUGGACUGCAUCAUGCGACUGGAGGCAGCCACGAGCUCGGCACUCCCGCUGUCGGUGGAGGCCGUGUACCGGCUAUGGCCAGAGGCCAGUGGGGUGCGGGCGCACUGGCGGCCAGUGCUGGAGCCACUGUUCUGCGAGCUGCUCCAGCAUGCAGUCAUCCACUCCAUCAGCUGUGCCUGGGUGCGGCUGGAGCAGGUGGCCUUCUCAGAGCUUGAGGACAGCCUGGAGUGCACGCAGACCGUCCUCGGCUACCUCCAGAGCGCUGGGAAGCAAGUGGCCAAGGUCCCAGCGAACGUGGCAGCUGCUGUUCAGCGUGUGGCCGCCACGGGGGCCACCCCAGUGCAGAAAGUGACGCCCACGUGGGUGCGGCAGGUGCUGAGGAAGUGCACACCCUUGGGCGGCGCCCAGGAGAGGUUGCACCUGCUGGAGUUUGUGCUCUCCGAUCAGGCCUACAGCGAGCUGCUGGGGCUGGAGCUGCUGCCCCUGCAGAACGGUGGCUUCAUUCCCUUCUCCUCCUCGGUGUCAGACCAGGAUGUCGUUUAUAUCGCCUCCGAGGAGCUCCCCAGGUCUCUUUUCCCUGGUCUUGAAGGAAGAUUUCUUCUGGAUAACUUGAAGCCUCACCUUCUGGCUGCUUUAAUGGAAGCCGCCCAAACCCGAGGAAGACCAUGUACUCAGCUGCAACUUCUAAACCCAGAACGAUUUGCACGUCUUAUCAAAGAAGUAAUGAAUGCGUUCUGGCCUGGCAGAGAGUUGAUUGUUCAGUGGUAUCCACUUGAUGAAAACAGAAAUCACCCACCUGUUGCAUGGCUUAAGAUGGUUUGGAAGAAUCUUUAUAUACAUUUUUCAGAGGAUUUGACUUUAUUUGAUGAGUUGCCACUUAUCCCCAGAACUGCGCUGGAGGAAGGGCAGGCGUGUGUGGACCUCAUUCGACUCAGGAUUCCGUCAUUAGUCAUCUUAGAUGAUGAAUCUGAAGCACAGCUUCCAGAAUUCUUAGCAGACGUUGUACAGAAACUUGGAGGGAUUGUCCUCAAAAAGUUAGAUCCCACUAUACAGCAUCCACUUAUUAAAAAAUAUAUUCAUUCGCCAUUACCAAGUGCCGUUUUGCAGAUAAUGGAGAAGAUGCCACUGCAGAAACUAUGUAAUCAAAUAGUGUCGCUACUUCCAGCACACAAAGACGCGCUCAGGAAGUUCUUAGCUAGUUUAACUGGUAGCAGUGAAAAGGAGAAGAGAAUAAUUCAAGAAUUGGCAAUAUUCAAGCGAAUUAACCAUUCAUCUGGCCAGGAGAUUUCUUCUUACACAAAGUUGAAAGGUUGUAAAGUCUUACACCACACUGCCAGGCUUCCCCCAGACCUGCGACUUUCUGUUUCUGUCAUAGACAGCAGCGAUGAAGCUACUAUCCGCUUGGCAAACAUGCUGAAGAUAGAUCCGUUGAAGACCACGAGCUGCUUGAAGCUUAUUUUAAAAGACAUUGAAAAUGCAUUUUAUUCGCAGGAAGAGGUCACAUGCCUUAUGCUAUGGAUCCUUGAGAAUCUGUCCUUUCUUAAAAAUGAGAAUCCAGAUGUGCUUCAGUGGCUCAUGCCGUUAAAAUUCCUUCCACAUUCACAGGAGCAGAUGGUAUCAGCCAGCGAGCUCUUUGACCCUGACGUAGAAGUACUGAAGACUCUCUUUUAUAGUGAGGAAGAAACCUGCUUCCCUUCCUCAGUUUUUACCUCGCCAGAUACUCUUCACUCUUUAAGACAGAUUGGUUUAAAAAAUGAAGCCAGUCUCAGAGAAAAAGAUGUUGUGCAAGUGGCAAAAAAAAUUGAAGCCUUACAGGUGAGUUCCAGUCCAGAUCAGGACGUUCUUCUGAGGAAAGCCAAAACCCUCUUACUGGUUUUAAAUAGGAAUCAUGCAUUGCUGCAGUCAUCGGAAGGAAAGAUGACCUUGAAGAAAAUAAAGUGGGUUCCAGCCUGCAAGGAAAGGCCUCCAAAUUACCCAGGCUCUCUGGUCUGGAAGGGCGAUCUCUGCAGUCUGUGUGCCCCUCCAGAAAUGUGUGAUGUGGCCCACGCAAUUCUAGUCGGCUCCUCACUCCCUCUGGUCGAAAGUGUCCAUGUAAACCUGGAAAAAGCAUUAGGUAUCUUCACAAAGCCCAGCAUCGGUGCUGUCUUAAAACACUUCAAAAUUGUUGUUGAUUGGUAUACCUCAAAAACCUUCAGUGAUGAAGACUACUAUCAAUUCCAGCAUAUUUUGCUUGAGAUUUAUGGGUUCAUGCAUGAUCAUUUAAAUGAAGGGAAAGAUUCUUUUAGAGCCUUAACAUUUCCAUGGGUUUGGACUGGCAAAAAAUUCUGUCCCCUUGCCCAAGCUGUGAUCAAACCAAUCCAUGAUCUUGACCUUCAGCCUUAUUUACAUAAUGUGCCUAAAACCAUGGCAAAAUUCCACCAGCUGUUUAAAGUCUGUGGUUCAAUAGAGGAGCUGACAUCAGAUCAUAUUUCCAUGGUUAUUGAGAAGUUAUAUCUUAAGAGUGACCAAGACCUCAGCGAACAAGAAAGCAAACAAAAUCUUCAUCUUAUGUUGAAUAUCAUCAGAUGGCUGUACAGCAAUCAGAUUCCAGCGAGCCCCAACACACCAGUUCCUAUACAUUGUAGUAAAAGUCCUUCUAAGCUUAUCAUGAAACCGAUCCAUGAAUGCUGCUAUUGUGACAUUAAGGUCGAUGACCUUAAUGACUUACUUGAAGAUUCCGUGGAGCCGAUCAUUUUGGUACACGAGGACAUACCCAUGAAAACUGCGGAGUGGCUGAAAGUUCCCUGCCUUAGUACUAGACUGAUCAACCCUGAAAACAUGGGGUUUGAGCAGUCGGGGCAAAGAGAACCACUCACUGUAAGGAUUAAAAAUAUUCUGGAAGAAUACCCUUCAGUGUCUGAUAUCUUUAAAGAACUGCUUCAAAAUGCUGAUGAUGCCAAUGCCACAGAAUGCAGCUUCAUGAUCGAUAUGAGGAGAAAUAUGGACAUAAGAGAGAAUCUCCUGGACCCGGGGAUGGCAGCUUGCCACGGGCCCGCCUUGUGGUCAUUCAACAAUUCUGAAUUCUCAGAUUCAGACUUCUUGAACAUAACUCGGCUAGGAGAGUCUUUAAAAAGAUUAGAAGUUGACAAAGUUGGAAAAUUUGGUCUUGGAUUUAAUUCUGUGUACCAUAUCACUGACAUUCCCAUCAUUAUGAGUCGAGAGUUCAUGAUAAUGUUUGAUCCAAACAUCAACCAUAUCAGCAAACACAUUAAAGACAAGUCCAACCCUGGGAUCAAAAUUAACUGGAGUAAGCAACAGAAGAGACUUAGGAAGUUUCCCAAUCAGUUCAAGCCGUUUAUCGAUGUGUUUGGCUGCCAGCUGCCUUUGACGGUAGAAGCUCCGUACAGCUACGGAGGGACUCUCUUCCGACUGUCCUUCAGAACUCAGCAGGAAGCAAAAGUGAGCGAGGUCAGCAGUACUUGCUACAACACUGCAGACAUUUACUCCCUUGUGGAUGAGUUUAGUCUCUGUGGACACAGGCUUAUCAUUUUCACCCAGAGCGUAAACUCAAUGUAUUUGAAAUACUUGAAAAUUGAGGAAGCCAAUCCCAGCUUAGCACAAGACACAGUAAUCAUUAAGAAGAAAUCCUGCCCUUCCAAAGCACUGAGCACGCCUGUCGUGAGUGUGUUAAAGGAAGCUGCUAAGCUCAUGAAGACUUGCAGCGGCAGCAGUAAAAAGCUCCCCACGGACGAGCCAAGGUCGUCCUGCAUUCUUCAGAUCACAGUUGAGGAGUUUCACCACGUGUUCAGAAGGAUCGCUGACUUGCAGUCGCCCCUGUUCAGAGGCCCUGAUGACGACCCAGCUGCUCUCUUUGAAAUGGCCAAGUCUGGCCAAUCCAAAAAGCCACCUGAUGAGUUGUCACAGAAAACGGUGGACUGUACCACGUGGCUGCUGUGCACCUGCAUGGAUGCAGGCGAAGCUCUGAAGUUUUCCUUGAGUGAGAGCGGGAGGAGACUGGGGCUGGUUCCGUGCGGGGCCGUGGGAGUUCUGCUGUCAGAAGUCCAGGACCAGAAGUGGACCGUGAAACCACAUGCUGGAGAGGUGUUUUGCUAUUUACCAUUACGAAUAAAGACUGGCUUGCCCAUUCACAUCAAUGGGUGCUUUGCAGUCACUUCAAACAGAAAGGAAAUCUGGAAGACAGACACCAAAGGACGCUGGAACACCACGUUCAUGCGACAUGUCAUCGUGAAAGCCUACCUCCAGGCACUCAGUGUCCUGCGGGACCUGGCCUCCAGCAGGGAGCUGAUGGACUAUACUUACUAUGCGGUAUGGCCUGACCCUGAUUUAGUUCAUGAUGACUUCUCUGUGAUUUGCCAAGGAUUCUAUGAAGACAUAGCUCAUGGAAAGGGGAAGGAAUUGACCAGAGUCUUCUCCGAUGGAUCCACCUGGGUUUCCAUGAAGAACGUGAGGUUUCUAGAUGACUCCAUACUUAAAAGAAGAGAUGUUGGUCCUGCAGCCUUCAAGAUAUUUUUGAAAUACCUCAAGAAAACUGGAUCCAAAAGCCUUUGUGCUGUUGAACUUCCUUCUUCAGUCAAACUAGGAUUUGAAGAAGCUGGCUGCAAACAGAUACUGCUUGAAAACACAUUUUCAGAGAAACAGUUUUUUUCAGAAGUGUUUUUUCCUAACAUUCAAGAAAUUGAAGCAGAACUUAGAGAUCCUCUCAUGAAUUUUGUUCUGAAUGAGAAAGUGGAUGAGUUCUCAGGGAUUCUCCGUGUGACUCCAUGUAUCCCUUGCUCCUUGGAAGGACAUCCUCUGGUUUUGCCAUCAAGAUUGAUCCACCCAGAAGGGCGAGUCGCAAAGUUAUUUGCUACUAAAGAUGGGCGGUUCCCUUAUGGCUCUACCCAGGAUUAUCUGAAUCCUAUUAUUUUGAUUAAGCUAGUUCAGUUAGGUAUGGCAAAAGAUGAUAUUUUAUGGGAUGACAUGCUGGAACGUGCAGAAUCGGUAGCUGAAAUUAAUAAAAGUGACCACGCUGCUGCUUGUCUAAGAAGUAGUAUCCUAAUAAGUCUCAUUGAUGAGAAACUGAAAAUAAGGGACCCGAGAGCCAAGGAUUUUGCUCCAAGAUUUCAAACGAUCCCCUUCCUUCCUUUUCUAACAAAGCCAGCUGGCUUUUCUUUGGACUGGAAAGGUAACAGUUUUAAACCUGAAACCAUGUUUGCAGCAACCGACCUUUAUACAGCUGAGCAUCAGGAUAUAGUUUGCCUUUUGCAACCAAUUCUGAAUGAAAACUCCCAUUCCUUUAGAGGAUGUGGUUCAGUGUCGCUGGCUGUGAAAGAGUUCUUGGGAUUACUGAAGAAGCCAACAGUUGAUCUGGUUGUAAACCAAUUGAAAGAAGUUGCAAAAUCAGUUGACGAUGGAAUUACAUUGUACCAGGAGAAUAUCACCAAUGCUUGCUACAAACACCUCCAUGAAGCCAUGAUGCAAAAUGAAAUUGCUAAGCUAGCAAUUAUUGAAAAGUUAAAACCUUUUAGCUUUAUUCUAGUUGAGAAUGCAUAUGUUGACUCAGAAAAAGUUUCUUUUCAUUUGAAUUUUGAGGCAGCACCCUACCUUUAUCAGUUGCCCAAUAAAUAUAAAAAUAACUUCCGUGAACUUUUUGAAAGUGUGGGAGUGAGACAUUCAUUUACUGUUGAAGAUUUUGCCCUUGUUUUGGAUUCUAUUGAUCAAGAAAGAGGAACAAAGCAAAUAACAGAAGACAGUUUUCAGCUUUGCCGGCGAAUAAUCAGUGAAGGGAUAUGGAGCCUAAUUAGAGAAAAGAAACAAGAAUUUUGUGAGAAAAAUUAUGGCCAGAUAUUACUGCCAGAUACAAACCUUAUGCUUCUCCCUGCUAAAUCACUAUGCUACAAUGAUUGUCCUUGGAUAAAAGUAAAGGAUACCACUGUGAAAUACUGUCACGCUGAUAUACCCAGGGAAGUGGCUGUGAAACUAGGAGCCGUCCCUAAGCGGCACAAAGCCUUGGAGAGAUACGCCUCCAAUGUCUGUUUCACGACACUUGGCACUGAGUUUGGACAGAAGGAAAAACUGACCAGCAGAAUCAAGAGCAUCCUUAAUGCCUAUCCUUCAGAAAAGGAAAUGUUGAAAGAGCUACUUCAAAACGCUGAUGAUGCAAAGGCCACAGAAAUCUGUUUUGUGUUUGAUCCCAGACAGCAUCCAGUCGACCGAAUAUUUGAUGAUAAGUGGGCCCCACUGCAGGGUCCCGCACUGUGUGUGUACAACAACCAACCGUUCACAGAAGACGAUGUCAGAGGGAUUCAGAACCUCGGGAAAGGCACCAAAGAGGGAAACCCUUACAAGACUGGGCAGUAUGGGAUAGGCUUCAACUCGGUGUAUCACAUCACAGACUGCCCGUCCUUCAUUUCUGGGAAUGACAUCCUGUGCAUUUUUGAUCCUCAUGCCAGGUACGCGCCAGGAGCCACAUCCAUUAGUCCCGGGCGCAUGUUUCGAGAUUUGGAUGCAGAUUUUAGGACACAGUUCUCAGAUGUUCUGGACCUUUAUUUGGGAACCCACUUUAAACUGGAUAAUUGCACAAUGUUCAGAUUUCCUCUUCGCAAUGCAGAAAUGGCUAAAAUUUCAGAAAUUUCCUCAGUUCCAUCAUCAGACAGAAUGGUCCAGAAUCUGUUGGACAAAUUGCGCUCAGACGGGGCUGAACUUCUAAUGUUUCUUAAUCACAUGGAGAAGAUUUCUAUUUGUGAAAUAGAUAAAGGCACUGGAGCACUCAAAGUGCUCUAUUCCGUAAAGGGCAAAGUCACGGAUGGGGACAGGCUGAAAAGAAAACAGUUUCAUGCCUCUGUGAUUGACAGUGUCACUAAGAAGAGGCAGCUCCAGGACAUCCCCGUGCAGCAAAUCAGCUACACGAUGGACACUGAGGACUCCGAGGGAAACCUGACCACGUGGCUCAUCUGCAACAGGUCUGGUUUCUCGAGCAUGGACAAAGUGUCUAAGAGCGUCAUCUCAGCGCACAAGAACCAGGACAUUACUCUCUUCCCACGAGGCGGGGUUGCGGCCUGCAUCACGCACAACUACAAGAAGCCCCACAGGGCCUUCUGCUUCCUGCCUCUGUCCCUGGAGACCGGGCUACCCUUCCACAUGAAUGGCCACUUUGCGCUGGACUCGGCCCGAAGAAACCUGUGGCGUGAUGACAACGGAGUUGGUGUUCGGAGUGACUGGAAUAACAGUCUGAUGACUGCGUUAAUAGCUCCUGCCUAUGUUGAAUUACUCAUACAGUUAAAAAAACGUUAUUUCCCUGGUUCUGACCCAACAUUGUCAGUUUUACAGAACACACCUAUUCAUGUGGUCAAGGACACUUUAAAGAAAUUUUUGUCAUUUUUCCCAGUUAACAGGCUGGAUCUACAGCCAGAUUUAUAUUGCCUGGUGAAAGCGCUGUACAGUUGCAUUCAUGAAGACAUGAAACGUCUUUUACCUGUCGUGCGGGCCCCAAAUAUUGAUGGCUCUGACUUACACUCUGCAGUUAUAAUUACUUGGAUCAACAUGUCUACUUCAACGAAAACUAGACCAUUUUUUGACAAUUUGCUGCAGGAUGAAUUGCAGCACCUUAAAAAUGCAGAUUAUAACAUCACAACACGCAAGACCGUAGCAGAGAAUGUCUACAGACUAAAACACCUCCUUUUAGAAAUUGGUUUCAACUUGGUUUACAACUGUGAUGAAACUGCUAAUCUUUACCACUGUCUUAUAGACGCAGAUAUUCCUGUUAGUUAUGUGACCCCUGCUGAUGUGAGAUCUUUUUUAAUGACGUUUUCCUCUCCUGAUACUAAUUGCCACAUCGGGAAGCUGCCUUGUCGCCUCCAGCAGACUAACCUGAAGCUCUUUCAUAGCUUAAAGCUUCUCGUUGAUUAUUGUUUUAAGGAUGCGGAAGAAAAUGAGAUGGAAGUGGAGGGCCUGCCCCUUCUCAUUACACUGGACAGCGUCUUGCAGACUUUCGAUGCAAAACGACCCAAAUUUCUAACAACAUACCAUGAAUUGAUUCCAUCCCGCAAAGACUUGUUCAUGAAUACAUUAUACUUGAAAUACAGUCAUAUUUUAUUGAACCGUAAAGUUGCAAAAGUGUUUGACAUCUCCACCUUUGCUGACUUGUUAGCCUCAGUGUUGCCUCGUGAAUAUAAGACCAAAAAUUGUACCAAGUGGAAAGACAAUUUUGCAAGCGAGUCUUGGCUGAAGAACGCAUGGCAUUUUGUCAGUGAAUCGGUCAGUGUGAAAGAAGAUCAAGAAGACACAAAACCAGCAUUUGCCGUUGUGGUGGAUACCCUGAAAGACUGGGCACUGCUGCCGGGAACAAAGUUCACCGUUUCAGCCAACCAGCUGGUGGUCCCUGAAGGAGACGUCCUGCUUCCUCUAAGCCUCAUGCACAUCGCUGUCUUCCCAAAUGCCCAGAGUGACAAGGUUUUUCACGCUCUCAUGAAAGCUGGCUGCAUUCAACUUGCUUUGAACAAAAUCUGCUCCAAAGACAGUGCAUUUGUUCCUCUGUUGUCAAGUCACACGGCAAACAUCGAGAGCCCAGCGAGCAUCCUGAAGGCUGUACAUUAUAUGGUCCAGACCUCAACAUUCAGAGCUGAAAAGUUAGUCGAAAAUGACUUUGAAGCGCUUUUGAUGUAUUUUAACUGCAAUUUGAGUCACUUGAUGUCUCAAGAUGACAUAAAAAUUUUAAAGUCACUUCCAUGCUACAAAUCCAUCAGUGGCCGCUAUAUGAGCAUUGCCAAAUUUGGAGCAUGCUUUGUGCUUACAAAAAGUAUCCCUUCAGCUGAAGUGGAAAAAUGGACACAAUCAUCAUCGUCUGCAUUUCUUGAAGAAAAAAUGCACUUAAAAGAACUCUAUGAGGUGAUUGGUUGUAUACCUGUAGAUGAUCUGGAGGUGUAUUUGAAACAUCUUUUACCAAAGAUUGAAAACCUCUCCUACGAUGCAAAAUUGGAGCAUUUGAUCUAUCUUAAGAAUAGGUUGUCAAGUGCCGAGGAGCUAUCAGAGAUCAAGGAACAACUCUUUGAAAAGCUGGAGAGUCUGUUGAUAAUUCAUGAUGCCAACAAUCGACUGAAGCAAGCAAAACAUUUCUACGAUAGAACUGUGAGAGUUUUUGAAGUUAUGCUUCCCGAAAAAUUGUUUAUUCCUAAGGAUUUCUUUAAAAAAUUGGAACAACUUAUAAAACCCAAAAAUCACAUUGCAUUCAUGACAUCCUGGGUGGAAUUCUUGCGAAACAUGGGACUAAAAUAUAUCCUUUCGCAGCAGCAGUUGCUACAGUUUGCUAAGGAAAUCAGCGUGAGAGCUAAUACAGAAAACUGGUCCAAAGAGACACUGCAAAACACAGUUGACAUCCUCCUGCAUCAUAUUUUCCAAGAACGAACGGAUUUGUUAUCUGGAAACUUUCUGAAAGAACUGUCUCUAAUACCGUUCUUAUGUCCUGAGCGGGCCCCUGCUGAGUUCAUUCGAUUUCAUCCUCAGUAUCAAGAGGUGAACGGAACCCUGCCUCUCAUAAAGUUCAACGGAGCACAGGUCAACCCGAAGUUCAAGCAGUGUGAUGUGCUGCAGCUGCUGUGGACGUCCUGCCCCAUUCUUCCAGAGAAGGCCACGCCCUUGAGCAUCAAGGAGCAGGAAGGCAGUGACCUUGGCCCCCAGGAGCAGCUGGAACAGGUAUUAAAUAUGCUGAGUGUCAAUCUGGAUCCCCCCCUUGAUAAGGUCAUUAAUAACUGCAGAAACAUCUGCAACAUAACAACUUUGGAUGAAGAAAUGGUGAAAACUAGAGCGAAGGUCUUAAGGAGCAUCUAUGAAUUUCUUAGCGCGGAGAAGAGGGAGUUCCGUUUCCAGCUGCGGGGGGUGACUUUUGUGAUGGUGGAAGACGGCUGGAAGCUUCUGAAGCCCGAGGAGGUGGUGAUAAACCUAGAAUACGAGUCUGACUUUAAGCCGUAUUUGUAUAAGCUGCCACUCGAACUUGGCACAUUUCACCAGUUGUUCAAACACUUGGGUACUGAAGACAUUAUUUCCACUAAGCAGUAUGUCGAAGUGCUGAGCCGCAUCUUCAAGAAUUCGGAAGGAAAGCAGCUGGACCCUAAUGAGAUGCGUACAGUUAAGAGAGUCGUCUCCGGUCUGUUCAAGAGUCUGCAGAACGACUCCGUGAAGGUGAGGGCUGACCUUGAGAACGUCCGCGACCUGGCGCUGCACCUCCCCAGCCAGGACGGCCGUUUGGUCAAGUCCAGCAUCUUGGUGUUUGACGAUGCGCCGCAUUACAAGAGCAGGAUCCAGGGGAACAUCGGCGUGCAGAUGUUGGUGGACCUCAGCCAGUGCUACCUGGGGAAGGACCACGGCUUUCACACCAAGCUCAUCAUGCUCUUUCCUCAGAAGCUCAGGCCCCGCCUCCUGAGCAGCAUCCUCGAGGAGCAGUUGGACGAGGAGACCCCCAAAGUCUGCCAGUUCGGAGCGCUGUGCUCUCUUCAGGGGAGACUGCAGCUACUGUUGUCUUCCGAGCAGUUCAUCACGGGCCUCAUCAGGAUCAUGAAGCAUGAGAAUGAUAACGCUUUCCUGGCCAAUGAAGAGAAAGCCAUAAGGCUCUGCAAAGCCUUGCGAGAAGGACUGAAGGUGUCCUGCUUCGAAAAGCUUCAAACAACAUUAAGAGUGAAAGGCUUCAACCCUAUUCCCCACAGCAGAAGUGAGACUUUUGCUUUUCUGAAGAGAUUUGGCAACGCGGUCAUCCUGCUGUACAUCCAACAUUCAGACAGCAAAGACAUCAAUUUCCUGUUAGCAUUGGCGAUGACCCUGAAGUCGGCCACUGACAACUUGAUUUCUGACACUUCCUACUUGAUUGCUAUGCUAGGAUGCAAUGACAUUUACAGGAUCAGUGAGAAGCUCGACAGUCUAGGGGUGAAGUACGACUCUUCAGAGCCAUCCAAACUGGAGCUCCCGAUGCCUGGCACGCCAAUACCCGCCGAGAUUCACUAUACUCUGCUAAUGGACCCCAUGAACGUCUUCUACCCGGGGGAGUAUGUUGGGUACCUUGUUGAUGCGGAAGGCGGGGACAUCUAUGGGUCAUACCAGCCGACGUACACAUAUGCGAUUAUCGUGCAAGAGGUUGAAAGGGAAGAUGCGGACAUUUCUAGUUUCCUGGGAAAGAUAUAUCAGAUUGAUAUUGGCUACAGUGAGUAUAAAAUCGUUAGCUCUCUUGAUCUGUAUAAGUUCUCAAGGCCUGACGAGAGCUCCCAGAGCAGAGACAGUGCUGCCUCCACACCGACCAGCCCCACGGAGGGCCUCACUCCUGGCCUCAGGAGCAUUCCUCCCCUCUUUUCUGGCAGAGAGAGCCACAAGACUUCAUCUUCAAAGCACCAUUCCCCCAAAAAGCUCAAGGUCAAUUCUUUACCGGAAAUCCUCAAAGAAGUGACGUCCGUGGUGGAACAGGCUUGGAAGCUUCCGGAAUCGGAACGAAAAAAGAUCAUUAGGCGGUUGUAUUUGAAAUGGCAUCCAGACAAAAACCCAGAGAACCAUGACAUUGCCAAUGAAGUUUUCAAACACUUGCAGAAUGAAAUCAACAGAUUAGAAAAGCAGGCUUUCCUAGACCAAAAUGCAGACAGAGCCUCCAGACGAACGUUUUCAACCUCAGCGUCCCGAUUUCAGUCAGACAAGUACUCGUUCCAGAGAUUUUAUACCUCAUGGAAUCAGGAGGCCACGAGCCACAAGUCUGAGAGGCAGCAGCAAAAUAAAGAGAAGUGCGCGCCAUCGGCGGGCCAGAAUUACUCCCAGCGCUUCUUUGUGCCGCCCACGUUCAAGUCGGUGGGCAACCCGGUGGAGGCGCGCAGGUGGCUGCGGCAGGCGCGGGCCAACUUCUCGGCCGCCCGAAACGACCUCCACAAGAAUGCCAACGAGUGGGUGUGCUUCAAGUGCUACCUGUCCACCAAGCUGGCCCUGAUUGCCGCGGACUACGCCGUGAGGGGGAAGUCGGAUAAAGACGUGAAGCCCACGGCGCUCGCCCAAAAGAUCGAGGAGUACAGCCCGCAGCUCGAGGGACUGACCAACGAUGUGCACACGCUGGAAGCCUACGGCGUGGACAGCUUGAAGACGAGGUACCCCGACUUGCUCCCUUUCCCGCAGAUCCCCAACGACAGGUUCACCUCUGAGGUUGCCAUGAGGGUGAUGGAGUGCACUGCCUGCAUCAUCAUCAAACUUGAAAAUUUCAUACAGCAAAAGGUGUGAAGAUGUUCAAGAGGGAAGCAGAGGUGGGUCUUGGCGGCGUUGUUAGCACAAACAGAACCCGCCGCCCCAUCAUGCUUCGCUGCCAGUUAGCGAAGCACAUUGCGGGUUGUUCUGAAAGAACUUUGGAGUUGUUGUUAGCAUGGACGCCAACCGAAAACCUUAGCUGAAUCUAAAAGAGAUUGCUCUUGAAGGUGGUGUGGGCUGCAGAGCAGCUGGGUAUACCUGAAUGACUGGGAGAGCACAGUUUCAGCCUGCACUUUAUGUAACCAAAGCUUUGCAGUUUGUUAAGCGUCUGUGUACAUCUCUGGUUAGGAUGAAGUUAGUUUUGUGUUUUAAGCAGCUAAUGAAACACUGGUUUAGACAUAGAAGGGGAAUCGAGUCUUUGUAGCAUAUCAUUUUUUAAAGUGAACCCUCUUAGAUGCAUUAUUUUCUUAUCAGCUGGCUCUGAUUAUGAAUUUGUUGCAGUUUUACAUCUUCAAUACUCAGUGCAUUUAAAAAUGGUACAGUAUUUUAAUCCUGAAUAUUACUUGACCAAGUGUGAGGGUAGUCCUUCCCAGAGUGCACUGCGUGCACUUUACGUCUUUCUUUUAAAUGGUUUUUUAUACUUUGUGUUUACAGGUUGUGAAGAUAGCAUACAGGAAACUCAGAGUGGUGGCAGUUCUUAUAACUGAUGUUAAUAUUUUUUCUGGAGACUGCUUACCAGAUGUUUUUCAGCUGUUAGAAGCCCUGCUUUAUGUUUAUGUGUACACAUUUUUCAUAAAUGUCAUAUUUAUAUAGUGUGGUUGAAAAUGAUGCAAUCUUUUGUUGUCUAAAGGUGCUGCAGCUAAAAAAAAGCAAAAACCAUUGUCCUUCAGUAUGGCAGUUAGUGGAGUUCUUUUUUUUAACUUUAAAAACAUUUAAAAUGGUUAAAACCAUUGUGAUAUCUAGUAGUUUAUAAAAGAGGAAUCAUCAACCUCCCCAUGGAUGAUCAGAACUGACAUUUAAUUUUCAUCAUGUGUAAGAGUCUCACAUAUUUACUUUAACAAGUUUCUUUUGCUGAAUGUAAAAGAAAGAUAAUGAUCAUUAGUUGAUAUCAGUAAAUGAUGACUGUAAAUGAUGCUAAGUAUAAUGUUUUAUGCAAUUAAGGGCUUACAGAACAUGUGAAAAUUUUUUUUACUUGUAUUGGUAAUACGGAAUGUUUGCACCUCUGCAAUUAUAUUGCUUCGGGAUAUGAAAUUAUGUAAUUAUUUCUGCUGUUAUAUUAAGUGCCAUAAUUUUAAUAAAGCAAAAUGUACAUAUGACAUCA